ACGGAGCGCGCUGGGGCGGAGCUGCUGGGACAGACGCGGCGUGGACCUCGCUGGGCAGCCCGAGCCGGAGUGCGGCGCUGUGUGUCAACGCCGUCACUCUGUGACUAGCCCGUGAAGGACGGGUGGAGCAGACAGACACUUCCUUUGCUUGUUACAUCUCAAGUGGUGUUCCAGACUGGAUUAAGUCUGAUCAAGAUGACAACCUCCCAAAAGCACCGAGACUUCGUGGCAGAGCCCAUGGGGGAAAAGCCAGUGGGGAGCCUGGCCGGGAUUGGUGAAGUCCUGGGCAAGAAGCUGGAGGAGAGGGGCUUUGACAAGGCCUAUGUGGUCCUUGGCCAGUUUCUGGUGCUAAAGAAAGAUGAAGACCUCUUCCGGGAAUGGCUGAAGGACACAUGUGGCGCCAAUGCCAAGCAGUCCCGGGAUUGCUUUGGGUGUCUUCGAGAGUGGUGUGAUGCCUUCUUGUGAUGCACUCUAGGGAAUGCUAAAUCCCCAGCCCCAGCAUUGAAUCUCCAGAGUUUGCAGCUGAGUGGGGACUCCCCCUGUCCUCUACAAAGGAAAAGAUUGCUAUUGUCAUCCCCACCUUUGACGUACUGCAGGGUCUUUUGGGAAUCUUAUCCCAUCACCAUUGCAACUUUUUUGAAAUCCUUGCUCUCGCAUGCAUCUCUCUUCCUUCUCCUUCCCCUGCCAGGUCCGUGGCGAUAGUUACCAGCUUUCCUGAGUGGAUUACUGAUCCCUUCCCUCACCCUUCCCUUCCCUCAUUUCUGGUCUGUUUGAUGCCGUUCGGCUUCUUUUUUGAUGAAUCAGUCACUGUCCUUAAAAAGUUUUUUAGAUCAAUAAAAUCAGUGGCCUUCAUGAA